AUGAUUCUCGGACGAAUGUGGUUCGCUGAGCAUGAUGUCCUCCUUAAUUACCGACGACACCGAAUGAUUUGGCCAGAUGAAAGAACUCUUUUCGAUGAGGUGAGAUCUCCGCAGGACGAUAUUCACCAGAAGGACGUAGACCGAAGAGAUCGUCUCUCCGAGCUAGCAGAGAUAACUACACGGAUGCAGAAGCUAAGGGGGGAUAUCUACCCUCACGCUCGUGAGCGCCAGUACGGUCAUUAG